AUGGAUCCGAACGCGAACGAUCGCGCGAUGGCGCUGCUCACGGGGUACGACGAGGGCGCGAGUGGGGAGAAAUCACCGGCGGAACGCGAACGACAGCGUCGGGAGCGAUUGGAAAAAUUCGCGAAAGCGUUCGCGAGCGAGGACGAGAGCGCGAGCGAGGGCGCGGAGGGGGGCGGUGGGGUCGUCGUGGAUGAUUGGAGCGAUUCGGAGAGCGAACGCGAGGCGUGGCGCGCGAUGGAGCGCGGGGAGAUGUCUCCGGCGCUCGAUCGGGCGACGCGGAGACGGAACGGCCGGGGAGGACGCGAGACGACAUCGACAGCGGCUCGAUCUCUGACGUACGAUGUGCGGGUGGAUUAUAAUAAUUUUGCGGAGGCGGAGGCGGCGGUGCGGAUGGACGGCGAGCGGGCGCUGAGCGGUGUGGCGUACGCGUAUCGCUCGGCGGAGAGCCGAACGUCGACGCUCGAAGACUCGGCGAGAAAACUGGUGAAUCGGGUGGAGACCAAGGUGUCGACGUUCGAGCGCGAGGCGGACGAUUACGCAGCGAGACGCUUGGAAAAGGCGUUGAACGCGGCGGCGCUGAGCGAGACGCAAGAGGAGGAUUUUCGCCGGCGUAUUCGACAAACACUGACGAGGCAGUCUCGGGCGUACGAGGAUGUCAUCGAGGCUUUGGAUCGAGAGCUUGUUCAAAGGAUCGACGUUGCGCAGAGCGCGCGAGAGAGGAUGCAAGACACGUUCGGCGCGGCCUACGUCGAGGCGUACGAGCGUGGCAACGAGGAAGGACACGACGCGACGCUGACAAUUUCUAGGAAGCGUAACGGCGCGAACGCCCUCUUCAAACUCGUCGGUGGCACUGUCGUGACGGCUUUCCGGGUCGUCCGUUUGCCGUUGAUAGUCGUCAACGGCGUCACGCGAACCGUCUUCGGUACGCGAAAAGAAAGGGUUGCCCGCGAAGUAGAAGAUUAUCGUGAGUUCCGACUUCAGUCGCCAGACAAAACGGCUGCUCCGGACGCUGCUACGCAUCGCGGCGUCGAGGGACCUUUAUCUCCGUCGAGGAGAUCCGAGAAAUCGGACGUCUCGUCGCUCGCAACCACGCGACGAUGGCCGCUGGGAGCGACGGCGCAGCGUGUCAACGCUCACAAGCGUUACAGCGUCGCCGGAUCGGUUCGCUCCGCCAUGACGCGCAAAACUAUUUACUCUCAACUCGAGUACGGGCCCGAAGAAGACAACGACGAGAACGAGUUCACGAACGACCCUGGAGUGAAUCGGCACCAAAAAAUUGUGCGAACACUCACGCGCUUGAUUCAGCUCGGUUGUUUUACCGCAGUCGUAUCGCUGAGCGUAGGGCCGAGUGACCGAGCGAUUCGAUCGCGACAAAUUGCCUUGAAGAUCUGGAAAGACUUUGAGGGGCACGUCUCCAAGGGAUGGUCAGCGUUCCUGGUUCGAUGGACCGCGAUUAGCGCGAAGCUUUCGUCGACUCCGACUCAGCAACAACGUCGGAAUCCCACGAAGGUGAAGCGAUCUAAGGUGCCGAUUCAAGUGCCAGCUUACGUUCCCGACGAGGAAAAUAAUGAGACACCGAUCGCGUCUCCGGUUAAACCUCGUGGCGACGGACCCACCGAUCGUGAAGAUAUACGCGCGUUCGGUCGCGGAUAG